AUGGGUGACUCAAGAGAUAACUUAGCAUGGUCCGCGAUUCAGAUUUGUAGACUUGCAACAUCGUUUUCAUAUGAAGUUUGUAAAGGACUUGUCAACAUAAAUAUAGACACAAUACUCUUUGUCAUCGAAACGCGUCCAAAAAUAACACAACGAUCAAUCUGCGCGUUAUUUUUGCAACAGGAAUGUGGGGAACUAGAUGAAUCUCUAAAUUUCCAUAUCAAUAUUUCUCCUCUGACGUCAAGAUCAACAAAACCGAAAUCCAUUAAGCGUUCGACAUCACAGACUAUUAAAAUUAUUCAAUUUACUGACUUACACUUCGAUCCAGAGUAUGUUGUAGGUGGAAACGCAAACUGUAAUGAUCCAUUGUGUUGCCGAAAAGAGAGCGUAUCGAAUGACUCAGUUAAGGCAGGUUAUUGGGGUGAUUAUAGGAAAUGUGAUAUGCCAUGGCAUCUCGUUGAACAUGCAAUAAAGCAUAUGGCUGAACAACAUCCAGAUGCUGACUUUAUUUAUUAUACGGGUGAUUUUGUUGCUCAUAAUGUUUGGGACACGACAAUUGACAAUAAUAUUGCAUUAAUGGAUCAAUUGUAUCAACUUAUGAUGGAGGCAUUUGGUAGCAAAGCUAUUUACCCAAUAUUGGGAAAUCAUGAAGCACAUCCGGUGAAUGUGUUCGCACCAUCAUCAAUCAAUCAGAAAGAGUUUUCAAGUCAGUGGCUUUAUAAUUAUGCAGCCUCAAUUUGGAGUAAGUGGCUGCCAGCAAGCACUCAACAAACAAUCCAAAAAGGAGGCUACUACACAUUGCUCAUUAAACCUGGAUUAAGACUUAUAGCACUCAACAAUAAUGAUUGUUAUAUUUUUAACUGGUGGGUUCUAUACAGCAUCGAAGAUAUUCAGGAACAACUUCAAUGGCUUCACGAUACUUUACUUAAUGCGGAGAAAAAUAAUGAGAGGGUUCAUAUUCUUGCUCAUAUUCCAAGUGGUGAUGGAAGUUGCUUCAAAUACUGGUCACGCGAAUAUCGAAGAGUUAUUGAGCGUUUCUAUAGAAUCAUAAGUGCACAAUUUAAUGGACAUUCGCAUUACAAUGAAUUUAAUGUAUUUUACGAGACAAAUAACAUCAAUAAUCCAAUCAGCGUCGCUUGGAAUGGCGGUAGCAUAACAACGUAUUAUGAUGUUAAUCCCAACUACAAUAUUUAUUAUGUUGAUGCUGAAAAUUUCCAUGUGAAUGACUAUGAGUCGUGGAUUUUCAAUUUGACGGAGGCAAAUCAAGAUUCAAUAAAAAGCCCACAAUGGCAUAGACAAUAUUCAUUCAAAGACAACUUUAAAAUCCCCGAUUUAAUGCCGUCAUCACUCGACAAUCUUCUCUUAAGCAUGACAACAGAUAGAAGCAUGGCAAGACAGUAUUUUCGGUAUAAAAUCAAAGACGGAGAUCCAUUUCUUAAAUCUGACUGUCAAGAUGACUGCUUACGCGACCACGUCUGUGAAAUAUCUAUUAAUGAAAUCGGUGACGAUAGAAAGUGUAAAGAAUUGUUGAAAAAUUCUUUCUCGUCGGAUUAAUAAUGAGAAUGAAUGGAACCAAGAAGAAAAGAAAUGUG